ACCAGGAAAGUAGUGAUAGAAAACUUUUGCCCUGAAGAACUCGUUUGCGUUAUCUGUAUUCUUUGAGAAAUUAAAACGGUUGUUAUAGUAAAGCUUCAGUGGAACACUUCGAGAAAUCGAUCUUUAAGCUAAUUAAAACGGAAGUCGUCCAUGUAAUUGCUGGUCGUAAAAUAAAAUAUUAGGAUGGGCAUCACCAUGCCAGGUCAACAAAGUCAUAGUUACGUUAUCCUGAUACUUUUGCUCUUAGAUCUAUUAGGGGUUAAAGCAUUGGACUGUUUCAAGUGUGUAUCAAUAAAGGGCGACAAUCCCGCCUGCGAAGAUCCCUUCCAUAAUAAUUAUACAACAGAUGUGCUCGAGUCACCUUGCUGGGCAGGUCGGAAACAUAGAAAUGGACUUUUUCCUGCCACAGCCUGCAUCAAACUAUCUGGAAAGUAUGACACGGGAAAUUCUAUGAUCGUGCGUGGGUGUGCACUGGAUAGUGGAACUCUGACAAUUGAUACCGAAAUAGUGAGGAUGAGUCACUGCGGGAGUUUCUACUUUGAUGAGCGUUACGUCAGUGGUUGUCUCCAGAGCUGCUUCGACGAUGCGUGUAAUAGCAGUCCAUUCACUCUUAGCCUGGCGUCUCCACUGUUGCUCUUAACAAUUUUGGUUCUAACGACUAAUUAAGCCUCGACUAAUUGUUAUGGAAAUUAUCUGCCCUUGUUUCUGGAAAAUUUUAAACUAACGACUAAUAAGCCUGGCAAUUGCAGUAACCUGUUUUUCUAGAAAGAUCCAUCAAUUUUUAACUAUUUCUACAAUGACUUCUGACAUAUGAUAUUAGGAAAGAAAUUAAGAGAACAAAUGUUUACAUCUUACAAAUUCGGAAGAUGUUCUUGUGGUAGGAUUUUUAAUUUGAAUCUGUAUUUGAUAUUUUAAUAACUCUCGAAAGAAUAUUUUUACAUCGAAACAAACAAGUUUUAACUAGCUAACCCCAACAUGUAAAGUAAUUUAAAAUGAAACAUUUGUAGACAGCGUUGCUUUCUAAUACAUCUAUGAAUUAACAACUAUUAAAGUGAAUCAUAUUUUCACUAAUCUAAAACUUUGUUGUUAGAAGUUUUUAACUCAAGCAUAAUGUGUUGGUAGAAGUUUUUAGCUUAAGCAUAAUGUGUUGUUUCAAGUUUUGUUCUAAACAAAAAAAAUCUUAAUGCAGCUGUCAAAUAUUGUUUGUAGUUAAGUUAUAAAAAAUAACGUUUCGAUAAAAAAAAAUGUUGUUUUAUCAUUUCCUUCUACAAGUUUUAUAAUUAAGCUCCAAUAUUUCGACUGAAUAAAACCGAAAUA